UCUUUUAUUUGCAGGGUUUAGGCAACGAGCAGGCGUCAUCUGCCAUUAUUGCAAAUGAUCCCCCCCAGCCUCUAAGCUUACCCCAUUUUGACAAGAGUUCAACCGAGGGACGUGCUGAGGCAGCCACCAAACCUGUACCUGCUGAGCCAAAAGCCCCAGAAGCCAGUCACAAGUCAUCAUCCAGCUCCAAGCCGCCUCUUCUGAUUGGUGCGCCAGAGCUGCCCCUUUCAGCCGGGCCCUUAAGUCGGAUCUACUCGCUCCACCUGCACCGUCGCUUCUUUCCUCUCUUGACACUCCAAAUGCCACCACCAAACACCCGUCCUGUGCCCAUGACCUUGCUGCUGCUUGAGUUCCCUCGAAAAUCUCCCGGCACCCUCUCUGGAUGUCAGACACUUGUAUUGUCUGCUUAGGAGACUUGAGCAGCGGCGAUGGCGAAGUUGCAGCUCCCCUUGCCAGCCCUGCUGCCAAGUCUCCACCCAGUGUCGAUGCCGCUUCCUCGAGGACAACCGAAGCCGAACAUGAGCCAAGUACCACCACAUCGACCAACAAAGACUCGACCGAGUUGAUCGCCCAUUUAAGACCGUGUGGGCAUUACCUGCACAAUGAAUGUCUUACUCCUUGGGUGGAAAGAGCUAACAGUUGCCCGAUCUGUCGUGCCAGUUUCCACCUCGUCGAACUGAUGCGUACAACCAACGGCGAUGUCAUUUCUUCAUACUCUGUCGAAGACCGAACGCAGGUUGCUGACUUGGAUCCUUCCAUGUUUCUCGAGAUCCCAGAAGAGGAGGAUGAAGACCAGCCCUGUCAAGCCUGCGGCGAAGAUGAUAAUGAAGACGUCCUGAUGUACUGCGAUGGCUGUCAGAAAUUGUGGCAUACUUACUGUGUCGAUUUGCAAGAGGUGCCCUACGGCCACUGGUUUUGUGACAACUGCCGAGCACAACGAGAUCUUGACCCGCGUGCAAUUGCCCGGUCGGGGCGAGCGAACCGAAGACGCACGCGAGGCCAACAGCGCAGGCAGCGAGGUCAGGAGUCGAGCUGGAACCAGGUUUGGCAGUCUGUUUGGUCACGCAUCAAUCUUGACCUUGACUUUCCUUAUGAGGAUGAUGAAUCAUCCGCAAGAUAUCUCAGGCGUCACCGUCAACGCACCCAGGCCGACAGGCAGGCCCAUGACGCUUGGUUGCGCCGGAUGCAAGUUGCAGAACUUCACGGGGCUGGCAAUCGCUUUAGGGAGACGGAACCAGCACUUCCCAGCAGCCCCGGGGGGGAAUCGACACCGAGAAACCGACGGGCAAGAGCGUCUCCGCGUCCUCAAGCCGAGACCGCAGACGAACUCCUGGCGUGGCAUGCCUUUGACCAAGCUCGAGCCUCGUCGAAUGAGCCCAGUUCGACACGCAAAAGAAAGCGGAAAUCCCCUACAUCAUCUCCAGCAGAGCCCGAAAACGAGCCAUCAUCCGCGAAUAAGCGCAGACGGCCCAGCGCAUCCAGCCGCACAGUUUCUGAUGGUAAUGCCACUACCAUUACCAACAUUCGGCGACGCCAACCCUCACGCAUCGCCAGUCCCAUUCCGAGACGACAGCCUAAUGCAGAGCCAGCGGGCCCCAGCUUUCUACAAUCCUUGUUACAAGAAGUUGAGGAUGCGGGUUCUAGUACGCAUAGCAUCAAUCUCCACCGUCCUUCUCCUCGUCCUGCAGCGAGUCCACCAGCAGACCAAAAUUCUCCGCGGCCUUCGUCACCAGCUUUGUCUCCUCUUCCCUCGAAUCAUUCUUCGCCUAGGGCAAUGUCGGCCACCCCACCUCCGCUUCCUGGAGGGCUCAGGCCUGGCUCGCCUACUGGCUUGUCUUCGAGCAUACAACCUGUCUUCCCAUCCACUGAAUACUCUCCUCAACGAUCUACCUCGCCGGAGCCGAAACAAGCGGAGACGAAUGGGCCCCGGUUUAAUGGGCCCCGAGUCCCUCCACCUCCUUCGACAUCUACACCGUUGGCACAGCCAAGACCUCGAAGUCGAGUACCGCGCAUUCUCGAAAACGGGCAGGAUUCUACUGUGAAGUCGCGCUCAACUGAGGCUUCGCCUAACCGGGCAACCAUGUCGCUAACUGCAAAAGCCGACGUGCAAAAACUUGUUGCAAGCGCUCUCAAACCACAUUAUAAUGACCAAACCAUUACGAAAGACGAAUAUACGACGAUCAACCGCGACAUUUCCCGGAUGCUGUACGAUAAGAUUGGCGAUUUUGAGGCUCUCGAUGUGGACGAUAAGGCAAGGUGGGAGAAGAUCGCCGGCGAUGAGGUCAACAAGGCUGUGGGCGCGCUCCGAGCUCAAGGUUGAAAAGGAAUACUUAGUCGGUUAUUUAUGAUUGUUCUCUUGCACGAAAGCGAGUUUGAAUUUAGGGUUCAAAGCAACGAGUUUCACGAUGUUAUGACCUAGGGUGGGCGGGCAUUUGGAAAGGGCGACAAACACCACGAUAUUCGGGUUCCAUGGGCCCGUUUGAUGGGCGUGGCGGAUUUGUGUUUUCCAAUAAGUUUGAGCGAUGGCGAUGGUGGUUUCCUGUCGAUGCAUUGUGGAAGAGGAUACACCUUGAAGAGACUACAAGCAUUCGGGGCGGCGGGCAUCAAGGAAGAAGGACUGUACAAAAUACCCAGGUGCAAGAGAGAUUGCGAGUGUGCUAACAUCCAUGACUGCCUGGGAUGUUUCCACGACCAUAGGGAGUUGCAGUGGUCGAGAUCGGAGGUUGGGGGGGAAAGAGAUGUACAAUACAACGACAAGGGGCAUUGGCAUUGAUGCAAGCAUCACGGCUACUCUUCAGGGAGGCAGAUUCCAAAGUGAAGACGGGAAGACCAGGCAUGUUCUGCUCACCUGUGCCCUCUAUUUGACUCAAUAUGCAUAGUGGUCUCAGUCUUUCUUCCUGUCUUUUCCCUCCCUUGACCACUUCCAACUUCUCCCAGGCUACACGCUAUGGCGGUCAGACUGUUGCAAGUCCGAGAGUACAGGCUCCAAUUCGACGCACCAGUAUAUGAUUUCUUCAGAGCAACCGUCCCUA